AUGUUAGUCUUCCGUGGUAUCGCACCCUCUUAUAUCCCAAUAGAGGAAGAACUUUUGCAACUUGAUGCUAACAUUUAUCAGAGUGGAAUGAUAAAGAAUUUGAAUAGACAAUAUUAUUCCCCAAAUCACACUGAGGUCCUUCCGGCUUGGGGAAAGACUACCACACUUGUUGUUGUGGGAUAA